AGCCUGAGGCCCAGGGCGGUAGUGAGGCCUGAGGCCCGGGGAGUCGUGAAGCCUGAGGCCCAGGGGGUAGUGAGGCCUGAGGCCCAGGGGGUAGUAAAGCCUGAGGCCCAGGGGGUAGUAGUGAGGCCUGAGGCCCAGGGGGCAGUAAAGCCUGAGGCCCAGGGUGCAGUAGUAAAGCCUGAGGCCCAGGGGGUAGUAGUGAGGCCUGAGGCCCAGGGGGCAGUAAAGCCUGAGGCCCAGGGGGUAGUGAGGCCUGAGGCCCAGAGCGACGGCAGCGACAGCGGCAAAGAAGACCGGGAGGACGAGGAGGAGCUGGACCCCCGCAUCCAGGAGGAGCUGGAGCAGCUGAACCUGGCCAGUGCAGAGAUCAAUAAAUUGGAGCUCCAGCUGGAUGAUGCCAGGAGCAUGUACCGGAAGAUUCUGUCAGAGUCGGCGAGGAAGCUGAACGCCCAGGGCUCUCAGCUGGGCAACUGCAUCGAGAAGGCCAGGCCAUACUACGAGGCUCGACGACAGGCCAAGGAGGCCCAGCAGGAGACGCAGUAGGCCGCUCUGCGCUACGAGAGGGCAGUGAGCAUGCACAACGCUGCCCGGGAGAUGGUGUACGUGGCUGAACAGGGGCUGAUGGCCGACACCAACCGUCUCGACCCCACCUGGCAGGAGAUGCUGAACCACGCGACCUCCAAGGUGAACGAGGCAGAGGAGGAGCGUCUACGGGGCGAGCGGGAGCACCAGCGGGUCACGCAGCAGUGCCAGCAGGCCGAGGCACGCGUGCAGCAGCUCCAGAAGGCCCUCAAGAGGCUCAUCCUCAAGUCGAAGCCCUACUUCGAGCUCAAGGCCCAGUUCAACCAGAUGCUGGAGGAGCACAAGGCACGUGUGACAGCGUUAGAGAGACAUGUAGCUCAGAUUAAGACUCGUUACUCUGUGGCGUUGAGGAACCUGGAACAGAUCAGCGAGCAGAUCCACGCGCGCCGCCUCCAACGCCUGGCGGUUCGCCGAUCCUCGCCGGUGGGGGCGGAGGCCAGCCCGGCCUACACGGAGGAGGAGGGGACGUCAGGCCUGGCUCCGCCAGGGAACGAUGGCCCUGCCUCUGACACCCUGUCCGUCCUCAGCUUCCAGACCAUCGCCUCUGACCUACAGAAGUUCGACUCGGUGGAGCAUCUGGAGGAGAUGUCGGACGUGGCCAGCCUGGACAGCGACGAGCCCGAGCCAGAGUCCGCCCUAUCACCCCGUAACGCCUUCCUCUGUGGGCACCAUCGCAGUGUCAGCUUGUAGCCCACCCAGGCCCAGGCCCAGGCCCAAGCCCAGGCCCAGGCUCAGGCCCCGGCUACACUGCCCAGGCUCAGGCCCCGGUUACACUCCCCAGGAAGGCCCAGGCCCAGGCUCAGGCCACGGUUACACUCCCCAGGUAGGCCCAGGCCCCGGCUCAGGCCCCGGCUACACUCCCCAGGUAGGCCCAGGCCCAGGCUCAGGCCCCGGCUACACUCCCCAGGGCCCAGGCUCAGG